AAAGCACGUUAAGCUCUCCAUAUUCAGCUCGCCCCCCUCAAAGCCAAAACCCUAGUCCAUUUGUUCUCUUCUCAAGCUCCCACUCGCGGCCGCCAUCUCUGCUGUCAGGAGCUUGAAUUUGUAAGGAUGGUGAGAGUUAGCGUGUUGAAUGAUGCUCUCAAGAGCAUGUACAAUGCCGAGAAGAGGGGAAAGCGACAGGUCAUGAUCAGGCCGUCCUCCAAAGUGAUCAUCAAGUUUCUUAUGGUCAUGCAGAAGCAUGGUUAUAUUGGGGAGUUCGAGUAUGUUGACGAUCACAGAUCUGGAAAAAUUGUGGUUGAAUUGAAUGGAAGGCUGAACAAGUGUGGGGUUAUAAGUCCUCGAUUUGAUGUUGGUGUUAAAGAGAUCGAAGGCUGGACUGCCAGGCUGCUUCCGUCAAGACAGUUUGGAUAUAUUGUGCUCACAACAUCCGCUGGAAUCAUGGAUCAUGAAGAAGCAAGGAGAAAGAACGUCGGUGGCAAAGUACUUGGGUUCUUUUACUAAGAAGAAUUUUAAGGAUCCUUUUUGAAAUUUUGGAUGAUCUGCUGAGUAGUUUCUCAUUCACUGGCUGAAAGAAAAGAAACUGAAAAAAGACAUUUUUCCUUCCAAUGUUGGUAUUAAAUUUAUUCUAUAGUUUGCAAGGAUUUCUAUAUUUUGUUAUGUUUUAAUGCUAUUUUGCUGCAAGUUUGAUGAUGUUUA